AUGUGUCGUUGCUUUGCUGAUGCACGGCGUCCCGUGACGAUUGCAGCCAUGCUCAUUGCUCAAUCGUCCGUCCCAUCAUCCCGUCCACAGACCACCAUCAGAUACGUACUCUCCCCGGGUGAAGUGGCAGCGGGUUCUACUGUACUGUACCGUAAGUACAUCGAACCCAAUCAUCUUAUUAGCUCCCUCCCGCACAUCCAUGGAAGAACCCUUCUCACAUGCGUAUGUACAGGUAUCCCUAGGCGAACUCUAUUCCCGAACGCUGGAGGAGGUGAUGGGAAGGUGAAACUGCAUUCAUUGCUUUGCUUUGCUUUGCUGUUUGCUUGGAUGUGUGUGUGUACCGGUCUGGGCUGCAUAUGUACGGAUUUAUUUUUUUGGGGUCUGGGUUUGUCAGACUGUCCGCCUCGAGAGCGCCUCGUGAUUAUUCUAGAACCUUGGCGUUCUAUACGCGGCCUGCAUGAAGCUGAAAGAAUGUGCUAUGGUGGCUCCUUGACGCCUGACUUGAUGAUCCCUUCUGAGAGGGUACUAGCGAGGAAAAAAAAGGCAGAGUUCGAAGGGGGCGAGAACGAGAAGGUGCAGCAUGCAUGCGUGGCCUUGUGCAAUUAUUCCACCUGCCGGGUUGAUGCCGCACACUACUCUCUGAGGCUGGGAAGCCGGAAAAAGCUCCCUCUUGUUGCUCCGCUUCGCACAACCAGCGUUUCAAAAUCUGUGGCGUGGAAGGUUAAGCGCCUCGUGCGAUGCGAUGCGAUGCGCUACAUGUACUCACCGUCUGAUGAUGAUGAUGAUGAUGACGAUGACGAAUAA